CGAUGGAAUAGGCAGGUCUGCCUAGACCCGAAGGCGGGGAGGUCGACGGCUUGGGCAAUCCGAUGAUUCUUUUACAGCCGAGUCGACGGCCGAAUGGCUGUGAGAGUGAAGACGGGUCUACACAAGAGAUAGGUAUAAAAAGGCGACGAGAAGAGCCUCCGUUUAUCCACCCCUCUAUCUCUUUCUGCAUGUCUCCCGCCCUCUGCCUACUUGGAGCUCACCUGCGAAUUUCCAUCUAUCUACCUGCUUGCCAAGCCGGGACAAUCUCUGCCAACCUCAGCCUAAUACCCCCAAGUAGCAGCAUUACCUACCUGUUAGUUCCCACCUGAUACCAGCAGCAAAUAUGCACCUCGCCGUCCUCGCGCCGGUCUUCGCCCUGGCCGCCGUCGUGUCGGCAGGGCCCGUCUCCUCGUUCGGGGCGGCGGGAGACUCGCCGUACGUGGGGCCGGAGAACGGCACGCUCGUGAUCAUCGGGGGCAACGCGUCGGACGACGCCAUCUACCAGCGCAUCAUCGACCUGGCCGGCGGGCCGGACGCGCCCAUCGUGACGGUGCCGACGGCCGACGGCGCGGCCGAGUACGACGACGACGCGGCGCAGGCGCGCACGUUCCGGCGGCUCGGCGCGCGCAACGUCACGGUGCUGCACACGUACGACCCGGCCGAGGCGGACACGGAGGCGUUCGCCGCGCCGCUGCGCGCCGCCCGCGGCGUCUUCUUCGGCGGCGGCCGCCAGUGGCGCCUCGUCGACGCCUACGCCGGCACGCUGACCGAGCGGCUCUUCCACGACGUGCUCGCCCGCGGCGGCGUCGUCUCCGGCAGCUCCGCCGGCGCCUCCAUCCAGGGCAGCUUCCUCGCCCGCGGCGACACCCGCACCAACCAGGUCCUCGUCGGCGACCACCAGGUCGGCUUCGGCUUCCUCCGCAACGCCGCCAUCGACCAGCACGUCCUCGCCCGCAACCGCCACUUCGACAUGUUCGACAUCCUCAAGGUCCGCCCCGAGCUCCUCGGCGUCUCCGUCGACGAGAACACCGCCCUCAUCGUCUCCCGCAACGACGCCGAGGUCUUCCGCGGCACCUACGUCAUCUUCUACGACGGCGGCUUCUGGUCCCGCGAGGGCAGCGACCUCAAAAACCUGCCCCCGAGCUCGUCCAUCUUCUACUUCCUCCGGCACGGCGACAAGUACGAUCUGGGCAAACGACAGAUCGUGGUCUGAAGGGGAGGGGGGGAGAAUAGUGGUUGCUGCUUAUGAGUUGGGGUGGUUCGAAG